AUGGCAUUUCCUUGCAAAAAGUGUUAUAAGCUUUAUGUAAUCCUCCCUUCCCUCCCAUCCAAAAACCUUUCCUAUAAUACCAAAAGUUUCGUGUCCGCUCUCUGCAAAACACCUCUUACACCAGAACCCGUCUUCGCCAGCCAUAACCCGCCAUGCAUUGGUGAAGUUUCAAGGUCAAGGUUCUUGUCAUCCGCAGACGUGGUACCAAGCCUGCCACAUCCAACCGCGAAGCCUGAUCUAUUGACUGAAUCCUGUCCAACGAUUCAUGAGUGUGGGAGAGGUGGCCUUACUGCUCGCUCAAGCGAUGCGCGGGUUAAGGGCUUAAGGGUUCUAUUGAUGGUGUUUAGUUGCGUCGGUGUGGAAGUUAUAAAUCUUGCUGAUGAGGGAUAUUCUUCUUUUUUACAUGAGGCGGGGUUUGUUAGGGUUAUGCGGUUGUGGGUGGAGAGGGAUCCGGUUCUUGGGUCAAAUGAGCUGUCGGUUGGAUAUUCUGUGUUGGAGGUAGAGGAGAAUACAGGGGAUGAAGUAUAA